UUGCCGCUGAAUUUGAUUAUUUUUCUUCUUCUUUUACUUUAGUUCCUUGUAAGAAGGGACACUGUUCGAAAGUUAGCUCAUACCAUAUUUCUAUAAAUAGAUCUCUCUCCAAAAUGAUGACAAACAGAUAAAGACAUUUGAAUAACAAAAACCAGAGGAGAAAUCCCAUUUCAUUUUUCAUUUUCUCUGUAAUUUCUUUUCCCUCCACCCCCUACUGAUAAUAUUUAGUUUAGGCAUGUUUGGCAAUCAUCAAUUAUUGCAGGGUCUCCAUUUUGAUGAUGGGUAUGUCUUGAAAAUUUCAUCCCAUCACCAUCUCAAGUUUCUUGCAGAAUUGCUUAAUCCCUUGUUGGGAUUUUGACACACUUUCCUAAAAAGUAAAUGCCAGCUGAAGUUAUCCCAGUAAGGUCUCAUUUCCCUCGGUUCUUUCUCCAUUUUUAUAAUUUUGCAAGUCUAUUUUCAGGAGGAAAAAGAAAGGGUCUUUGUAGUUUCUUUGUUUGGUUUCUCUUACACUAGGGCUUAUCAUAGAAGAAGAAAAAAUGGGUGAGAAAUGGCGAUUUGCAGUGCAUGUUUUAAAUGGGAGAUGGUUUUCGGUUUUUGCCUCGUUUAUAAUCAUGGCUGGAGCUGGUGCAACCUAUUUGUUUGGAACCUACUCUAAAGUUAUAAAAGCCACUCUUGGCUAUGACCAAAAAACUCUGAAUCUUAUAGGUUUCUUCAAGGAUCUUGGUGCCAAUGUUGGGGUCCUUUCUGGCCUUAUAGCUGAAGUAACACCAACAUGGUUUGUGCUUCUCACAGGCUCUGCUAUGAACUUUGUUGGGUAUUUCAUGAUUUGGUUAGCUGUGACUGGCAAGAUCGCCAAGCCUAGUGUUUGGCAAAUGUGUCUCUAUAUUUGCAUAGGAGCCAAUUCCCAAAACUUCGCAAAUACAGGAGCUCUUGUCACUUGUGUCAAAAAUUUCCCAGAAAGUAGAGGUGUUAUGUUGGGUCUUUUGAAGGGUUUUGUUGGGCUAAGUGGAGCUAUCUUUACCCAACUUUACUUGGCCAUCUAUGGAAACGAUUCCAAGUCUCUCAUUCUUCUCAUUGCCUGGCUUCCUGCUGCUCUUUCUGUGAUUUUUGUGUAUACAAUUAGAACAAUGAAGUCUGAGAGGCAACCUAAUGAGCUCAGAGUCUUUUACCAUUUCCUCUAUGUCUCAUUUGUGCUAGCUUUGUUUCUCAUGGCCAUGAGUAUACUUGAAAAAAUCAUUAAUUUCUCAAGAGGAGCCUAUGCUGCAAGUGCUACUGUGGUUUGUGUUUUGCUUUUUGUCCCUCUCCUAAUUGCCAUUAGAGAAGAAUGGGUCCAAUGGAACCUCAAGAAACAGGAUGCAAUGAAGCCUCCUACUGAACUAACCAUACAGAAGCCAAGUGAAAUUGCAUCAGAGGAUGAGGGAUCAGUGAAGUCUAGUGUCUCAAAAGAGGAAAAAGAGAAAGCUCAAAGAUCUUGCUUCCUCACCAUAUUUGACAAGCCAGAGAGAGGUGAAGACUACACCAUCUUACAAGCACUUCUUAGCAUUGACAUGCUAAUCCUGUUUGCUGCAACACUUUGCGGGCUUGGUGCAAGCUUAACAGCAGUGGACAACUUGGGUCAAAUUGGUGAGUCACUAGGAUAUCCAACUAAAACAGUCAAUUCCUUUGUUUCCCUAGUGAGUAUAUGGAAUUAUUUUGGAAGGGUCUUUGCUGGAUUUGUCUCUGAAACCAUGCUAGUCAAGUACAAAACCCCUAGGCCAUUGAUGAUGACCUUUGUCCUCCUCCUUUCCUGCAUAGGCCACCUUAUCAUUGCCUUCCCUUUCCCUAAUUCAGUCUAUAUUGCCUCGGUGAUUAUGGGAUUCUCAUUUGGUGCACAAUUGCCUUUGCUUUUUGCCAUAAUUUCUGAGCUCUUUGGCCUAAAGUACUACUCCACAUUGUUCAACUGUGGGCAAUUGGCAAGUCCCCUUGGUUCAUACAUACUGAAUGUGCAGGUCACUGGAAUUUUAUAUGAUAAUGAGGCAACAAAACAGCUAAGAGCCAAGGGUCUGGAUAGAUCAGCAGUGAAGGAAUUGGUUUGCAUUGGAGUUGAAUGUUACAGGAAACCGUUUAUAAUUUUGGCUUCUGCUGCUUUAUUUGGUGCUUUUGUUUCACUAAUUUUGGUGGUGAGGACAAGGAAAUUUUACAGUGGUGAUAUAUACAAGAAAUUCAGAGAGAGACAAGGAUAUAGCUGAGACCAAGACAGAUACAAAAUUUAGGAAAAAAUAAAGAAGGUGAUUCCAGUAAGGAUUAUGUCAUUGCCAAAUUAUGUUCAUUAGCAUAAUUGCUAAUGUAAUUAUGUGGUUCUGCAUUAAAAAAAAUAUAUAAAUAAUAAGCUUGACAUGCUUUAAUACUCUUCGUUUACA